GCCGCUCACGCUCACGAUCGCACGGAGAUACGAGUAACUUGCCUUACGUCUCGCAACUCGGACUCGGUAAUGGAGUAAAGUUUGUUAAUGAGUGGUGGGUGAACGAUGUAAUGGGCGGGGAGUGGUGCCGGUGACCGCGGUAUGCGGCGACAGCAACGCGCGUCUGUCGCGCGAUGAGCGCGCGUCGCAAGCUUGUCGCGCGUUCAGCUCGCCUGCACGCGCGUCCUGACGCGCUGCCUAUGUUCUUGCUUGUCCUGAUCCUGUUUUUAACUCCAGUUAACCUCGAGCGCACCGCAGCAGUGCAUCGUAUGGAGAACGUAACACACACAGUCACGCGGAUACUUGACGGCUACGACAUCCGGCUACGGCCGAAUUUCGGCGGCGACCCGCUCUACGUCGGGAUGGAUUUAACCAUCGCUAGCUUUGACGCCAUUUCCGAAGUAAAUAUGGACUAUACUAUAACACUUUAUUUGAACCAGUAUUGGAAGGAUGAGAGAUUAGGCUUCGGUUUACCAGAGGAGGUUCUGACAUUAUCUGGAGAUUUCGCCGAUAGAAUCUGGGUGCCCGAUACUUUCUUUGCUAAUGAUAAAAAUAGUUUCCUCCACGACGUAACGGAACGCAACAAACUGGUGCGCCUGGGCGGCGACGGCAGCGUGACGUACGGCAUGCGCUUCACGGCGACUCUGGCCUGUAUGAUGGACCUGCACUACUACCCGCUGGACAGCCAGAAUUGCACCGUCGAGAUUGAAAGCUAUGGCUACACCGUCUCCGACGUGGUGAUGUACUGGAAGGAGACGCCGGUGCGGGGAGUCGAAAAUGCAGAGCUUCCUCAGUUCUCCAUACUAGGACACGAGACUAAUGAUAGAAAAGAGAAGUUGGCGACAGGAGUCUAUCAGCGGCUGUCACUCAGCUUCAAGCUACGCAGGAACAUCGGAUACUUCGUGUUCCAAACGUAUCUGCCGUGUAUUUUGAUAGUGAUGCUCUCUUGGGUAUCGUUUUGGAUCAAUCAUGAGGCAACGUCUGCUAGAGUUGCUCUUGGAAUAACCACCGUCCUCACAAUGACCACAAUAAGCACGGGAGUCCGUAGCAGCCUACCUCGCAUAUCGUACGUGAAGGCGAUCGACAUCUACCUCGUGAUGUGCUUCGUGUUCGUAUUCGCCGCGUUACUGGAGUACGCUGCUGUGAACUAUACGUACUGGGGCGCCAGAGCCAGGAAACGGGCUAAGUUAAAAAACCGCGAGCAGAUCUCUACCAGCGCCAGUGUGGACAAGGAAAUGAAGGGAUCCGGUGCAGCCCAUUCUCCAGAAGAGAUCAUAGCACUGCAAGAGUACACCGCGACGUCUGGCAGAGUGUCCCCAUUGCUAAGCCUCCGCUCGAAGCCCCUCCCGCCGAGCACUGGCGCGCCGCCCUCCCUGCGCCUGCAGCGGGAUUACUCCAGCUUGCGAUACAGAACCAGAACACAUUCCCGAAGGAACAGUGCCAGCAAGCCGAAGAUGAUCCACGCGAUCAAGCGAGGCGCUACAGUAAUAAAAGCAUCCAUGCCCAAAAUACGAGACGUAAAUGUCAUAGACACUUAUUCGCGGGUCAUUUUCCCGAUAUGUUUUCUAAUUUUUAACGCCGUAUAUUGGACCUUUUACAUAUUUGACUAAGUACCUAUGUUAUAAGAGAUUGAAAACCUAUAAAAUACUCAAGUUUACCUAAUAAUUACUAAGUAAUUAAUUUAGUUUUAAGUUAUGACGUCAGUAUUGAUUCCAAUAAGUUAUGCUAGUAUAGCCAGUAACAAACAUGCAUGUGCUUAAUUAAUAAUAAUAAUUGUAGUAACUAUGUAUUUAUAAUAUAUAUAAUUUUGUACAUUAUUUUAUAAGCAACAGUAAAUAGUAUAGAAUUAAAAAUACAGCAACAAAGUAAAAGAUAUUUUUAAUGUGAAAAGUCGUUUUAUAGGUAUUAUAUGUAGAUAUAACAAGCUAUUUGCAAAUUCGUUGAUAACACAGCCAUGAUAUGCGUGCGACGGGGGGAAGGACUGCGCGGGUGUGAAAUCGUGCGUGUGGGGAAGUGAGGUGCAUCAGUCGUGGGUUUUUCAUCGCUACACUCCCCCCGGCCCGCGCGGACCAUCGGGAGUGUUAUGAACGAAGUUGCCAAACUAUAGCCAUUCAUCCUAAGAGACUAUGGUCAUCCUUUGUCCCUCGUCUGCUUUAGGCCUAGGCCCUAGAAUAACUUGUUAAAGCUUUUAUAUUAUUAAUUGAUAUCGCUAAUAUAAUGUGUAAUAUAUACAGAAACUGCCAUUCUAUAUCUACGAAUAUCUGAUCAAUAUAUGGCUUGGAAUUUAUGAGUUUUCAAGUAUUUUUUUUUUAUUGAACUAUGCCGUUUUUAAUAGUUGAUAAGAUACUUGGCAGUUUUUAGUUUAUAAAUACAAUGAUAUUAAAUACUGUUAGAUAUGUUACUAGCGCAUGAACAUGAAUGAUGUACAGGCGAUCAAAAGAGGAAAUUUAUAGUCAACUCAAUGUUAGUUGUGGUCAACAAAGAACCUGAAUAUGGUCUACAAUGUAGAGUUGUGUGUUCAGGAAGUGUCGGUGAUUUUGUAGGGACGUUA